GUUUUGUGGAGAAAUUUGCUUAUAUUAUAGAGAGACAAACCCCUUCAGAUGUUUGAACCUCGAUUGUCGCCUUCAUAUUUCAUGCUGUUUGGCAAUCAAUCACCCAGAAUGGUGAUUGCUCCUACAAUUACAUACCAAUAUUGAAUUCGUGCUAGAAUCGAAUCUUCCAGGGGUAUUCUUCAUUCAUAUUGGAAAUGGAUUACAGAUUCGCCGUCUCUCCUCCCCACUCCCCUGAAUCAUUACAGCUUCCUUUCAACGCUGGACCAGCAGAGGUUGCUUCAGAUCUAUCCAGCCCCACAUCUCCCAGCGGCAUGACACAUUCGAUAUACACAAACAUGGGAACUCCUUAUGACAUGAUUCCGUUUGGCAACGAUUCAGCGCCUUACUAUGACCCCAUGGCAGGGAAGAUUCCUGUAGAAUAUAUUGGUUCCACCACACUUGAUGAGCAUGAUAGGCGACGAAAUAAACCAAAUAGUUCUAAAGACAAGGAAAAUGUUUCCAACAUGCACCUAAGGCGGCGCGCUCAAAAUAGAGCGUCUCAACGUGCGUUUCGAGAAAGAAAGGAAAGACACCUGAAAAGCCUCGAAGGCAAGCUACAUGAUCUUCAUAGCAAACAUCAAAAUCUGCUUCAAUCCUAUCACCAGCGAACAGAAGAAGUACAGCAACUCAACUCUCGCAUUCAAAAUUUAACCGCAGAGCUUGAUCUGCUGAGAUCAGCGACGGACGGCACGAUUGACGACAUUCUAACACCAGACAAGUUCGAUAUCGUGCCAUAUACAAUGUCAAGUUCCGGCCCGCAAUAUUACUUUGAUAAGGAGGCUUUGAAGACGAAUAGCGAUCAAGGGGAAUACAGCUCUAACUCCGAUGGGUUGUAGAAACAGAUGGCUUGUGAGGGAGCGGCAUAUUGGGAUGACUUGAUGAUAUUCCUAUUUCUAUUCUAUUUUUUUUUUCGUCUGGGACUCUGCUUGUAAAUAGAACACAUGCUCGGCGCUUACAGGGUGGUUGGUUAUUCCUUCUUUUCGUCUACGGAUGUAGGUGGUUUUGAAAUGAUCCGAAUUAGCUACCUUUUAAUUGACGCAUGAUGUGUAUUCCUACGAAGAUUUUGGAGACUGCUCCUUUGUGCCUGGGCUUGACCGCUCCCUGUUUUCAAGCACUUCAUUUAUGUUUUCAUUAGGCCUUGCAAAGUUCGCCAAUAACUGCAGUCCGAUACCGCUGAUAUCCUGCACAAGUUCUUAGAAUACCAAUCCCUAAUGCACACCAAUUUAAUAAUGCAAUA